AUGGCGAGUGCGCACGCCCACCCUAUCCCUCCCGCCAUCCCACACGACCUGUUCACACAGGAAGUUCCUCCGUCGCCGACUCUGACAAACCCCGACAUGAUAUUGCCGUAUCAACCUCAUCUGGACUCCAGCCCCAGUCCUCGCGCAUCUUCGCCCAUUCUACACCCGUCGCCGAUUCCUGUCCGUCCCGACUCCGCGGUGUCACUGGGCUCCUCUCCAGCAGAGAUCGAGCCCGGAGUUGAGCUGGGGAUCGCAACAACCAUUCGCAUGCCCUCGAGGGCGGUCCCUCCCAUCAACACCAAUUACUAUGGCUACGAACACGGAGCGCCUCUGAGCGAUAUUGGAGAGGAGGAAACGCCGAAAUCGAGGAAAAGUCGGAGAACCGAGAGCCCGCUAAGAUCAGAUCCUCCUUCUCCAUCUCCCGCGGGCCCUAUAGCGCUUGCGGCCCGGAGGUUAAGCAAUCAAUCCUGCUCGAGUAAUGGCUCCGAUCUGGGCAAUUGGGAGGACUUCGAUACCUCCAAGAUCAUGAACGGGAGACUGGCUGCAGAUGUGGCCAAGGUUCCAGAUGAAGAGAUUGAGGAAGCUGACAGCAAGAGAAAUAGCACAAUUGCGACAAAUGCGGAAGAUGAGAUGGCUUUGCUCAACGAACGAGCGGAGAGGAUUCUUGAGCAUGCCAGGAAGCGACUGACACAUAUGGAGGAUAAUUUAAGCAAGGCACGCCACAGCAUUCUUCUGUCGUCAAGAUCCUCGCCAAACAUGAACGAACUUCACCAACCGGCGGGUGGGUUGUAUCGGUCAAUCUCUUUGGCCGGUGCAAGUCAACGAAAGCCCAGACCGAUUCACCUUGUGAACAGAAACAACACGGUGGCACACGCUAGAGGCGGUAGUGAUACGACGACAGGUACAUCUGGGUUGAAGCGCCUGUCCAUGAUCCCCGAAAUCAGAUCUGCAAGCGCCUUGGAGUAUGGACGCCGGCAAGAGUCUCCCCAACAACUGCUUCAUUCGCCUUCAGCCAGAGGUGGUCCGUAUUCACCAGCAAGUAACCGCAGCUUCAAUUCGCCGUUGCGGGUGUUGAAGGAGGAAGAAAGCACUCCAAGCACAAACGAGACGACCCCAGAAACUCCUAUCCCGCGAGGCCUGGGCAUCAACACCUUGGCAGCGGUGUCUAAGGAAGAUAUCUCAGUCGUUACAAGCAGUCCCCCCACAGCCAUUGCCCGCUCUUCGUCGGCGAUGUCAAACCGGUCUACCAAGGAAAUUCGAGAACAGAUGUCGAAUCUACAGGCAAAAAUCUCCGACCUGAAGGACAAGGCACAGGCUGACAGCCUGAGAAGAAAAAGUAUGCAGAGUGUCAGAACGCCCAGCCCCUUCGCGAGUGCGCAGACUCCGGAGCACUGGUACACGAGUGCCCCGGAAUACAAAGAGGCAGGCAGCCCGAUCAACACGAAUGCCGGUAUGGGUUGGAGUCCAACCCGACAGAGGAAGCCACUGGACUUGCAUGUCGCACCAGUCACGCCGCAGGCACAAACCUUAUUGAAUGUCGAAGUCCCAGCAACCAAGGAUUCCAGCUUUUUGAGCGAUGCCAGGACAGAUAGAAACACUCCAAGUCUCCACAAGUCGGCCCACCUACAGCCGGUGCCUCUCGAAAAGUCGAACUCUCUGCUCCAAGAAUCGCUCUAUGAAGACGCAGCACAAGAAUUUGACGAUGACGAGCCAAUUGCAGCUUCGGAAGAAGAGCAAAUUUACCUUAACGAGGUUCUGGAAGAGAGUUUGCAGGACCUCGAACCCGAUGUCCCCGAAAUCCCCGAUCACCUACUCCCCACUGAGGGCGCCGCGGAACGUCAUGAAGACCGGCUAGAUGCUUUUGACUAUGAGAACAUGUUCCUCCAUAGUGCGUUGGGAAAUUACACUGGGACGGGCAUUAGAAGUGAAACUCCUAGUGAGAGUGACUGCAGCAGUGUAACAACGACACGCAUGAACCAAGAUACCCCGACAAUAGACGAAGAUGACGCGGAGACGCAGCUCGACGAGGAAAUAGCCUCAGAAGAAGCUGCCAAUACCCCGAUCCAAGAGAACUUCCUCAAACCUGGCACUCCGCCCAAUCGCACUCCACUUGCGGACCCCUCGAAACCGUGGAUGAAGGCGGCACGAAGCAAUAGUUUGGACUCGGUUUCAACUGUUGCCACUUUCGCCACGGCGACAGAGGGAGCAGGCGGUGACGAAGACGAGGUCGAGGAUGGGAUGCCGACCGAGAUUCUCUCUUGGGGCAAUGGGACGGGGUUUGCUCAAACACCAGUGAGUCCGAACCAGGGAGAUACCGGUACUGUGUGGCCGACACCGCCCAUGAGUGGACGGGCUCGACAAGGUCAAAUGAGAUCCCCACGGCAAAUUCAGACGCAAGGGAGCAUCGUUUCUAACGGCAUACCGACCCCUCCUGUCCAGUCUCCCAAUGCCUCCUUUCCCACUCCAAAGGCGUUCAGUGGUCGAACUAGUGUGCCCAAUGAGGUGCCCGUUGAUCAUCCCGCAAAUACAGAGAUCUUAAUGGAGAGCCUAAUCAAACUGGCAGACCCCGAGUUCAGAGUUGGCGAAGGCCCUGGGUCGGUUACGUUUUCCGCCAUCGACAAGGAUCUCGUCUUGGAUCUCUUACGGGCUGUGGGGGGCGUCUGCAAUGAGAUCCUGCGGGCCGAAAGAAAACAGGAAUUACGUGCCGCAAAGGUACUCAGGAGACGAUUGGACGAAUCAAGGAAACUCCUCGAGGGGAACACGGACGAGUAG